AAGAAAAAGAGAGAGAGAAGAAGAAAGAAAAAGAGAUAGAGAGAGAGAGAGAGAGAGAGAGAGCGAGAGAUACAAAUCUCGUACGAAUCGCACUUCUCGCAGCGACGACGUAUUCGCGCGCGCAGUAUCGGCCAAUCAGCAAUCGCGUAACGCACGACGUUCGCGUUCGCGUCCGCGCGAGUCGCGCAGUGCACAGUGGGAAGCGAAAGAGCGACGGAGUUUGUUUCCGCGCUUCCUCAGUUCGGCCCGGAUACCGCGAGCGGUGUUGGCACGCGCGCGUUCGUCCGCUCGUUUACACUCGCUCGCUCGCUUCCGGGGACGGGAGAAUCGCGCGCGCGUGGUGCGUGGCUAUGCAGCAACCCCGCGUCGUCGUGGCGAGUAGGUAACGCCAACGAGAGACGCGACGAGCAACGCGCGGGGGUGCGCAUCGCAUCCGCGUCUCCUCCGCCGGCUUGGAUUCGCCGGCGGCGUGUAAACACCGCAGGGAUACGCGACGUGUCGUCGUCAACAUGUGGACCACGAUGCUCGUGUGGACGGUCGCCGUCGUCCUCUUGCCGACGCCCCGAGCGGUGAGCGCGUCUGGAGUGUUCGAGUUGAGGCUAAAGUCCUUCGUGAACGAGUACGGCAAGGACAGCCUGGGCAAGUGCUGUUCCGGCAGCGUGUCCAGGACGGGCGAGUGCUCGGGCGUCUGCAAGACGAGGUUUCGGGUAUGCCUGAAGCAGUACCAGGUGAAGAUCGACACGACGUCGGCGUGCACGUACGGCGACGUGGUGACGCCCGUUCUCGGCGAGAACGUGGUCAACCUCAGCGCUAAUGUCGCCAUGACGAGCUUCACCAACCCCAUCAGGUUCCCGUUCGAGUUCACGUGGCCGGUAAGUUUUUUUUUUCUCUCUGUGACGCGUGCGUGUGUGUGCGUAUGUGUAUGUGUAUGCACUCGAUUAGUCUGAACGGAUCUCGUCGAUGGUGCGUGUUAUUUCA